AUGCGCAUUGGUAACGUGCAGCACAGGGCUAUAGGCGGGCACACGCUCGCAGUAUACGAGAGCUACCCAACCCAGCAGCAGCGUUACCUGCUGCUGGGUUGGGUCUGGCCAGGGGACGGGCUGCCAUCUUACUCGUCAGGAUCAGGAGAUCGAAUCCACGACCUCCCGUCGCCGCUGGCCACGAUUGCGAUGAGUUCUCUCCGACACACGAGCUGCUCCCCGCUGCUGCUGGGACUCUGCACCUUGGCACAGCUGUGGGCAGUCGCGGGCGCCUCUUGGUGGUCGCUGGCACUGUGGGCUCCCAACUUCGACCCCUCCGAGUAUCAGCUGCUGUGCAUCAUGGCGCCGGGGCUAUCCCCCGAACAACGCAGAAUAUGCCGGCAGCACCCGAUCCACGUGCCGCACGUGGCCGAGGGUGCCCGGCUGGCGCUCGCCGAAUGUCAGCACCAGUUCCGGGCCAAGCGGUGGAACUGCACCACGCCCGGCGCGGAAGAUGCUCUCGACCCCAUAGCUCGGUCAGGCUCGCGCGAGGCCGCCUUCGUCUCCGCCAUAACCGCCGCCGGAGUUGUCCACGCGGUGGCGCGCGCCUGUGGCCAGGGGGCGCUGCGGGACAUCUGCCCCUUGGCGAUUCCUCAAACCAUGAGGCUGCUGUACAACACCCUGGGCUAUGGAGACGCCCUCGUAUACGGAUACCAAUUUGCCAAGCGGUUCGUGGAUGCGAGCGAACACGAUCGCAGGAGGCUUGGAGGAGGAGGAUGGCAGUCUUUGGCGAAACUCGUCCAGAUGAAUUUGCACAAUAACGAGGCCGGCCGGCUGGCGGUGUACAAUCUGGCAUCCGUUGACUGCAAGUGCCACUUUGAAUUUGGCAUCUGCGUGCUCCAGGUCUGCUCGCCGCAUCUCGCCGACUUUCGCAAAGUUGGAAACUUUCUGAAGGAAAAGUACGACACAAGUUCCGCCAUGCGGUUGGUGAGCCACAAGAGGAGCGGUCGUCGCGGCGGUGCAGCCGGUGCCGUUACCGGCGGUGCCACCCGCUGGUCCCGCUGGCGUCUGGAGCCGGUGAACGAGUGGUUGACGGCGCCCACGGCGAGCGAGCUGGUGCACGUGAGCGCCAGCCCGAACUACUGCGAGCGCGACGACGCCAGCGGCAUCCCCGGCGCGGUGGGGCGGCGGUGCAACGUCACCUCCGAGGGCACCGAGGGAUGCUCCGUCAUCACGUGCUGUGACAGAGGAUACGACAUCUCGCAAGUCACGGUGGAGAAGCAGUGCGGAUGCAAGGAACAACUCCGCUGGAACGUCAGGUGCAAGCUGUGCCCAUCGACCGUCGAUCAAUAUUUCUGCAAGUAG